CUGAAAUUAGUCGAGGGGAAAAGAUUGUGGGUGUUUGUGAGUUUAUUCGCAUGGAAUCUUCCUCUAAUUUUGGAGCUGGACCUUGUCGAGCCUCUGCUGGUGCAAGUGAUGGUGCAAUGGCGAGAACAGUUGUGAGGGAUGUUGGGCUGAUUGAGCACAACUGUGAAGGUCCUUAAAUGUACUGUGAGUGUGGCUUCAAGGCACCAAGGUGGACUUCAUGGAAACCAUGGAGCAUUGGGAGACGAUUUUAUGGUUGCUGGCACUUCUUGAAUGAGGUAAAUUUGGGGUUCUGCCUUAAGCCAAUGUAAUAUUACUCAUCUGUUGUUUUUUGUUUUCUUCCAAUUUUUAUUUACUACUUUUAGGUUGUUUAAUGACAGGAUUUAAAGUGCCCGUAUUUUGUUUGGCAUGACUUGGAAUAGUCCCAUGAGAGAGCCAUUGAGCUACUAAAGUUGUUGAUUACUGAGAAAAAGGCUCUCACAACAGAAAAUUCAUUAUUGAGAAGGCAAUUAAGAAACAGAGUGAAUGGAGGUGUAGUUGUUGAGUCAAGCCACACCAUUUCUACAACAUAUGAGGACACCAUACAAAAAUUUGAUGAAAUUAUUGAGAAAACUAUGGCAAAUGCUAUGAAUGAUAUUGUUGAAAGGAAAUUUGAUGUCUUGAUUGUAGUUUUUGUUGGUGUUGAGCUCAAAAAAUUAAUGGUUCAUACUGUAUUUGGUGUCUUUGUUCUAAUGGUUGUGUAUUUGAUGUUUUGGGUGUUGUUCUAAGUGGGUAGGUAGUGUUUCAAGUGUAAAUGUAUGGCCCUUCUUUUGGUGUUUUUUGGUCGUAUGUGAUGACCAAAAUUUUGGAAGCUUUGAGAACAUGCCUAUAAACCAUUGUAAUGUAAUUGAAUAUGUUAUGCAGCAAUGGAAAAAGGGCUUUUCUACAUUUGUAAAGCUAUUUGUAAAUCAAGACAUAAAUAAUAAAUACUUAGGUUUCUG